UUUGAUUUCUGAGUUCACGAAAGGAGAUACAUGUUGGCAUAUUAUGUGGCUCACACAAAUGCUCGCUUACUGACCAAGAAGGCCCCGCGUUUCACCUGUGUAUCAAAUCCAGUCUUCGCCCACCUCCUUCCUUCAAUUCUGAGAAGCUUUCUCGUACAAAACAGAUCAGUCAGUAGAUGAUCUAUAUCUACAUCCCAUGCUAACAGGUGCACCACCAACUAUGACAUCAUUUCCUCCUUUCCACGACAAAGUGCGGUUCCCCGCAUUCUUGGACUGCCCUGUGAUCGACAGCCCAGCCGAUCCAGCAGACGCCUCCUAUUAUUUACUUGGUACAAUAGCCGAGAACAUGACUGUUUCCGCUGCGCCGACAUUCAUCCUCAAAGAUCGAAACAACGUCUCCUUCGCACUCACCCUUAGGAUUCCAGCUGACGAGAUCAAAGAAAACCUUCCAGGCGGUGGCUUUGAUGCUAGAGGCUUCAAGAAGGGGUUCACUGCUGUCGUGGAAGGAGCGAGGAGGAGUGGAGCCAAGGAGGAGAAGGCAGGGUUUGUUGUGGCGCCGAGCGGUAGUGUGAAGAUCAUCCCAGCCAGCUACCAGAGGUUGAUUGAGAUGACCGAAGUAUAUAAUACAGACUUGAAUGUUGCCUCAGAGUAUUGCAGGGGAUGCUGUACGAAGAAGCCGAACGAGAAUCUCUCGUCGUGCACAGGUUGCAGAUGCGUUUAUUAUUGCAACAAGAAGUGUCAAGUAGUGGGUUGGCAAGAGAACAAUCACAAGACAGAUUGCAAGAUCCUGAAAGCCUGUCAAGAGAUCUUUCCCAAGAUACGGGGCCCCUGAGACGAAGCAUAUUCUCAGAACCUUACCUGAGGGAGGAUGCGUCAGAACGUUAACGGCGGCAUACGAUUGACAGUUGUCGAAGGCGAUCAUAGAGGCCUUUUACCAUCGUCUCCUGAGAUUUCUACCCUGCUUUAUUACAGAAGGUUUUCAUAUAAGUUUCAAUUCAUUUGCCCAAGCUUCGUCUGGUUCCGAGCUUUAAAUUUCGCUCUCUCGAGCGGCCCGCUCAUCCACAUCCCAGGUUCUUUUCCUUUUUUCAAUUUUCUGGUCUGGUCUUAUACUUUGCUAUUGGAACAUGUCCGCAAGUUCUUUUAUAUUACAAUGCUAUCACAUCAUUAAAAGUGAGAUGAAUGCGAGAUGAAAGGGAAGUUCCAGCACAGAUUAUACAGUAUAUACACUAGCGCAGUGACCUCAGCCAAUUGUAUAAGCUCGACCCCUGCAAAUCACUGGUCUAGUGACUGCAAGAUUCCUAUCACAGCGUAAUUGGAAAGCCUCUCC